AUGGACUUAUUACUAAAUUCCACACUUUCCUACCUACUAAUUUUCACAUUCUCUUUCCUUCUCCUUCUCAAAUUUCUCAUUCCAGCAAACAAAACCAACCAAAAAAACCACUCCAAACUUCCACCAGGUCCUUCACCACUUCCCAUAAUCGGAAACCUUUUAAAACUAGGAAACAAACCACACCAUUCCUUAGCAAACCUUUCCAACAUCCAUGGUCCAAUAAUGACACUAAAGCUAGGACAAAUAACGACCAUAGUAAUAUCCUCAGCAGACAUAGCAAAAGAAGUUCUACAAACACAUGAUAUUCUACUCUCAAACCGAACUGUCCCAGACGCACUCUCCGUUCUUAACCACGAUCAAUAUAGUCUCUCUUUCAUGCGCGUUUCGCCUCGCUGGCGUGACCUUAGAAAGAUUUGUAACAACCAGUUGUUUUCGAAUAAGACGCUGGACUCGAGCCAGGGGCUUAGGCGGAGGAAGUUACAGAAGCUUUUAGAUGAUAUCAGAAAGUGUAGUGAAGUUGAGGAAGCUGUGGAUAUUGGGAGAGUUGCCUUUAUGACAACGAUUAAUUUGUUGUCAAAUACUUUUUUCUCGGCUGAUUUUGUUCAUUCGGCCGAGGAAGCUGGAGAGUAUAAGGAGAUUGUUGUGAGUAUAUUGAAGGAAGUUGGAGUGCCGAAUUUGUCGGACUUUUUUCCUAUGUUGAAGGUUUUUGAUUUGCAGGGUAUUAGAAGACGUUCUGUUGUUUCUGUCAGGAAGGUUUUGACUAUUUUUAGGAGAUUUGUUGGGGAAAGGUUGAAGUUGAGGGAAGGUACUGGUUCUAUUGGAAAUGAUGAUGUGCUUGAUGCUUUGCUUAAUAUUUCUUUGGACGAUGGGAAGAUUGAGAUGGAUAAAGAUGAGAUUGAACAUUUGUUGCUGAACAUAUUUGUUGCAGGAACAGACACAAGCACAUACACACUGGAAUGGGCAAUGGCAGAGUUAAUGCACAAUCCAGAAAUCAUGGCAAAAGUACAAAAAGAACUUGAACAAGUUGUUGGCAAAGGUAAUCCAAUUGAAGAAACAGACAUAGCCAAAUUACCCUACAUGCAAGCAGUUAUAAAAGAGACAUUUCGCGUGCAUCCACCGGUUCCCUUAUUACUGCCUCGUAAAGCAGAAACAGAUGUCGAAAUUGGUGACUACAUUAUUCCAAAAGAUGCACAAGUUUUGGUUAAUGCUUGGGUUAUUGGUAGAGACCCGACUAAAUGGGAAAAUCCGAAUGUUUUUGCGCCGGAGAGGUUUUUGGAUAGUGAGAUUGAUUUUAAAGGACAUCAUUUUGAGCUUAUUCCGUUCGGGUCUGGUAGAAGAAUUUGUCCUGGUUUGCCUUUGGCUAUUAGGAUGAUGCCUUUAAUGUUGGGAUCUUUGGUCAAUUGCUUUAAUUGGAGACUUGAAGAUGGAUUGAAUAUUGAUGAUUUGAAUAAGGAAGAUGAGUAUGGGAUUACUUUGGAAAAGUCUCAACCUGUGAGAAUUGUUCCAAUCAAAUUGACUAAGAAUUAA